UUUGGGCAUAUAUAUUUAGAUGCUUAUCGUACAGAUCUGUCUAUUCUUUCCUGAAGCUAAAGCUAGCUGAGAACGCAUCGAGAAAACCAGAGAAGCCGUCAUCAUGGGAGUUUUCACCUUUGUUUGCAAGAGCUCUGGCGGCGAAUGGACCGCAAAACAACACUCAGGUGAUCUUGAGGCCUCCGCAUCCUCUCCCUUCGAGCUUCAAAGAAAGCUUGUUCAGACCGCUCUCUCCGCUGAUUCCUCCGGCGGUGUUCAGUCGUCUUUCUCUUACGUCAGCCCAUCUUCCGCCGUUUUCCAGGUAAUUAUUGGUGGAGGUGGUGGUGGUGCCGUCUUUUCCGGUGGAGCUGCUGCCGCAGCCCCCAGUGGUCGAGCCGCUGUUGAGGCUGCACCAGCUGAGGAGAAGAAGGAAGAGAAGGAAGAGAGUGAUGAUGAUAUGGGAUUCUCACUUUUCGAUUAGGCAAACUCUUGUUUUGAUUCUUAAGAAGAUACCUUUUUUGCUACUUUAAGAUUUUGUUUUAGUAUCAUGUCUUUAUGUUAGUUCUUGUUUUUUAUUUUAUUAUUUUUGUCCUCAGUUAUUGAACAUGAAAGUUGGAUUAGAUUUGAUUUAUAUGAAUAUGGGAGUUUUACAAAUUUUCUA